GACCUUCUGCUCACUCUACCGUGUCUCUCUGCAAGCAUGGGGACAGUGUUUCUGCCCUGGGCAUCUGCAGCACUCUUCCUGCUGGUCGUUGUGAGCAUUUUGGGGGACUGGGCACUGGAAGGAGCAUUGCAGCUUCAGAUUAUCAACUUUAAUUUUGAAGUUGUGCAGGUUACAUGGAAUGCAAGCAAAUUCUCUGGGACAAAUUUGACUUUCCUCUACAAAUUAAGCAGUGAUAAGACCAGUAGCCAAUGCUCCAACUAUAUUCUUCAACAAAGUCAUACUGCUGGAUGCCUCCUGGAGGCAAAAAAAGAUGAAAUUCUGUGCUUUUCCAUCAAGAAUGAAACACAUCUCCUUCUCACCAAGUGCCAAUGGAUCAGCGCUUACUUGAAACCCAGCUCCCCGAAAGACUUGAACUUCCAGUGGCAUCAGGAAGCCAUUACGGUGACCUGUUCUGAUCUGCCCUACAAGCGUCUCCUCUAUGAAAUCCAGUACAAGAGUAUGUUCGACACUGAGUGGCAAUCCAAGGAGGGAGAAACCUGCAAUGUUACAACAGAUGGCUUGGAUGCUGAGAAAUGUUAUUUCUUCCGGGCCAGAGUGAAAACAAUGGAGUCCAGCUAUGGCCCUGACACAUACCCGAGUGACUGGUCAGAGGUGACACACCAGCAGAGGGGGGAGCUGAGAGAUUCAUGCCAGGAGAAAAAGCUUUUCCCAAAAUUUAUUUUAAUUUCUGGCACGGUUGCCUUGCUGACCGUGUUCCUUCUUCUUCUGUCUUUAUGGAAAGUAUGGAGAGUUAAGAAGGUCCUCAUGCCCAUUGUGCCUGAUCCCAAAUUCACCUUCCCUGGACUCUUUGAAUCCCACCAGGGUAACUUCCAGGAGUGGAUCAAGGACACCCAGAACGUGGCCCACUUGAAUAAGAUGGAGGGUGCUGAGCAGGAGUGUGUCCUGGAAGAGGCCCUAGUUGUCCACCUGGUGAAGAAUGAGGCUGAGACGCCCAUCAUGAUGACCACCCCAUUGUGCCCACGGACAGAGGAGGAAGAGGCCUCCAGGGACCCCAGCCAGUUCCCUUGCCGGCCCCUGCAAGGUGGCGAGGUGGUCUCUCUUGGGGGCUUUACGUUUGUGAUGAGUGACAACUCAUACAUCAUGUUAUGAGGGGGUGCAAACUCAAAAGCCAACGGUGGGGUCUAUGUUGACGUUAUGGGAUCAAGGAGGAGCAUCUCGGGGACUCAACACCAUGGUAAAGGGAACAUGGACAUGGCCCGUGUCCAGAGGGGCUUGUCACUGAAGACCCCAAACCCGUGCACCCCCUGGGUCAGCUUUCAUCCCAUGGACAUUGCUACUCAAGGGCCCGAAGGCAGAUUCACCGUAGAUGGGGCACAGUGUGUUGGAGUGUUUCUUGCUUUCAGCUCACACCUCCUUGUGGCUGAUGUUUUCCCAUAAAUCGUGAGGAAGCAGGACCAGGGUGCCCUGAAACCAUCCUCCUCCAUGCACGUCACCCGUGCCCCAACCAACAUUUCCAUUCCCCGAACAGUUUCCCUGCUCUUUUGUACCCAGCAAGCAGAACUUGCUGCUCCUGGGUGGGAAAGGAAUCCUGCUUGGCAGAUGCCAACCAGCCACCCAGCUUCUGCUCUGAGACAGAAAAACACCCACUUUUCAAGCACGGGGGGGUGGUGGUGGUGGUGGGCGUUUUCUUCAGGAGACUCCAUUUUUCUUGGCGUCCACACUCAUGGCAUUUACUCCAGAGAUAGUGAACGUUACAAUGCCGUACGCGGUCACCCUAAGCAUCUUGCCCUUGAGGGCGGCUCACAUUUUAUUUUGUGAAUGAAAAUAAA